GAGAGAGAGAGAGAGAAACUACAAUAUGAUAUAAGUGGUAUAAAAAUCGAUAAAUUGUAACGAAUUGAUCGGUUGGAGUGUUAUGUGAAGUGAGAGCACCGACACAACCAUCACAACCAUCACAACCACUAAAUGAUGAGUUCAUAACAUACAACGCAUACAAUAUGUCUUAAAUUAUAUAAACAUUUGAUAUAUAUGUUAUUAAUUAUUAAAAAUAAGAAAUGAAUUGUUUAAUUAAGUUUUAUUUAAAUGCAAUUAUUUUGUUAUUGAUUUAUAUGUCCAGUGGCUAUAGUUUGCAUUUAAUAGAAAAACGAUAUCAACUAACAGAUCCCAAAAUUAAUAGUCCACAACAACAGAGAUCAAUACACGAUAAUAUUGUUGACCGCUUCCACAUCAAUGCCAAUACCAUUAUAAGAACCCAUGAUUCUAAAGCACUGGGAGCUGUCUAUUUGAACGAAACUGAAUUGCCUUCUAAUGAAGAUUGUCUCUAUUGGUGUCUUGAGACCAGUCCUUGCAAUCUUGCAGUUUAUGAACAAAAGAGAAGCGGUAGUUGUUAUCUGUUUGAUUGUGGAUCAACUGAUGACUUUCGUUGUAAAUUUACUGCACAUAACUUCUAUACGAGUUCUAUACUUCAAGUCAAUAGACAUCCCUAUGAUUUGACUGAAUGGCAAUCACAAGUCAAACACGAAAAAGAGUUAACAAAAUUAAGACCUCAGAGUACAGCUGCUCCUCAAUUGAGUAGUACUUCUUCGACACACAAUCUAAAGGCGCCAUCAAUGAUACCGACAACGACUAUCUCUACAGCUUAUCAUAAAACAUCCCGUUGUUUGCACUAUCAGUUUGAGUGCAGAAAUAAUAGCGAAUGUAUUGCAAUAUAUAAUGUUUGCGAUGGUAUUCCUCAAUGUAGUGAUGGAAGUGAUGAAUCCAAUGAUCUGGAGUGUCAUAAGUCACGAUUCAAUGUUCCCAAUCCUUAUCCAAGUCAUUCAAUUAGUUCAUCAGAGAGUCUAAGUCAAAAUCCUAACAAUAAUAAACAAAUGGAUAUGAAAAUCCUCCCACAAAAAACAAAUGCGAUGACAGAUCCAAUAUAUGCACGAAUUCCCUCAAAUAAGGCCUCUCAAGUGAUGCCGGCCUAUAAUUAUCCGAAAUCAGCCGAUUUAGAAAAUACUGGUCAACCAAAUGAUCAGUCAUUAACUUCGAAAAAACAGAACUUUGGUUCUUCAGCAGAUAUGGCAGCUAAUGGUUAUAAUACACAAUACAGAGGUCCGUGGAAUCAAUAUUACCAACAAAACGAUGGAUUAGGUUCUCCAGACAAUCGCAUGGGUGGCCAAUAUCAGAUGGAACCACAAUAUAUGAAUAAUUAUGGCAAUCGUGAAAAUCAUAAUUCUGGCUCUUAUUGGUUACCAACAGGAAGACAACAAUCCUAUGACUUGUCCGAUCAAGUGUUGUCACCAGGAAGUCAACCUUAUAUGAAUAUUCCCCGAUCACAGAACUCUGCCGAUGACUGGCUUCAGAGCACAUCCAACAGUUAUAACUCCAACUAUUACGAUCAUCUCUCUAGAAGUCAUACAAAUAAAAUUGAUACAAAUCAGAGAAAUGGAAACCAAAUGACAACAUCCAACACUAAAUUGAAUAGCGAUUCCAAUGUAAAGAAUACAAAGAAUUUAAUCCCUCAUAAAUAUGAACAACAGCUCAAAACACAGAAUAAAGCAAAGGAUGAAACAAAUAAUCCGCAAAUUUAUACAAAACCGAAACCCAGUUAUUCUCAUAUGUCCUCAAACAAGGGUUAUGUUAACAGCGCCAGUAUUGUUGCCGUCUCUUAUAUGCACGACUCCAGCCAACAGAGCGGUCGAGAAACCAAUAGUGCAGUCAUUGCAUUGACACUGGGAUUGUGUGUCACUGUUUUGCUGGUCGUACUCGUGGGUUGUCGUAUGAAAUCAUUCAAGAAAAAGAUUGCCCGAAGAGGUCGAUCAUUAGCUCACGACGCAGACUAUCUCGUCAAUGGUAUGUAUCUAUAAAUUCAAUUAUAAUGAAUGACAUCGAAAAUAAAUAUUUAUAUAUAUAUACAUACAAU